CACCUACUUCAUCACUCCGCAGAGCUAAUUAGUUAUUGAAGCACUAAUUGAUUAUCCCGUCAAUCUAUCUCUCAAUGAACAUCAUGGCGCUGCCCGGUCCGUCAUGAAUUAUACACACACACACAGUCCACACAGCAAUACAGCAAAACAAAAACAAACCUCCCCAUACGCGCCCGGACCAUCUUCCCUACGUCAUGGAUGCAAGCGACCUUUUUGUCCGUGCCGUCUCCAUGAGUGGAUCGUUACCCAUCUACGUAUUUGCGCGGUCAUUCUACUUGUCUAGGCAGUUAUCUGCCUGCUCCGUGCAAAAGUUCUACCGUCUACGUAUCUUGCGUAUAUACAAACAUACA